AUUUCGCGGGAGAUCCGCAGCAGCCACAGAGACUUUUAACUUUCAACACGAAGUUUAACUUUAACUUUAACUCUUCUCUAAAGUAACACGAUGAGUCUGUGGGUGGAUAAGUACCGACCGACGGCUCUGGGGAAGCUGGACUUUCACAAGGAGCAAGCGGCUCAGCUCAAGAACCUGGUUCAAUGUGGCGACUUCCCACACCUGCUGGUGUACGGUCCAUCGGGGGCCGGGAAGAAGACCCGCAUCAUGUGUCUGCUGCGGGAGCUGUACGGAGCCGGCGUGGAGAAGCUUCGCAUCGAGCACCAGACCAUCGUGGCUCCUUCAAAGAAGAAAAUUGAGAUCAACACAAUAGCCAGCAACUAUCACUUGGAAGUCAAUCCCAGUGAUGCAGGAAACCAGGACCGUGUGGUGAUUCAGGAGCUGAUUAAAACUGUGGCUCAGUCCCAACAGAUCCAGUCGAGUACCCAGAGAGAGUUUAAAGUGGUAUUGCUAACGGAAGUGGACAGACUCACGAAGGAUGCUCAGCACGCUCUGCGUCGCACCAUGGAGAAGUACAUGUCCACCUGCCGCCUCAUCCUCUGCUCCACCUCCACCUCCAGAGUCAUCGGGCCAAUCAGGAGCCGUUGUCUGGCGAUCAGGGUUCCUCUGCCCAGCACGGAAGAGGUCUGUGGUGUUUUGACAUCAGUCUGUAAAAAGGAGGGUUUGUCCCUCCCGCCCGAGCUCGCCAAGCAAAUCAGUGAGAAGUCGGGUCGCAACCUCCGCAAAGCUCUCCUGAUGUGCGAGGCCUGCAGAGUGCAGCAGUAUCCGUUCUCAGUGGACCAGGAGGUCCCAGUGACGGACUGGGAGGUGUACCUCCGAGAAACAGCCAACGCCAUCGUCAGCCAGCAGAGCCCUCAGAGGUUGUUGGAGGUCCGAGCCCGACUCUACGAGCUGCUGACUCACUGCAUCCCUCCUGAGAUCAUCAUGAAGGGACUGGUGACGGAGCUGCUGAGCAACUGCGAUGGUCAGCUGAAGACCGAGGUCGCUCACAUGGCGGCUUACUACGAACACCGGCUGCAGCUGGGAAACAAAGCCAUCUACCACCUGGAGGCCUUCACUGCCAAGUUCAUGGCCAUCUACAAGAAGUUCAUGGAAGACGGCCUGGACGCCAUGAUGUUUUGAUUCUGGACUUUAUUACUGUUACUUAUCUUGAAGUUGGAGAUCAACGGCACUAGCAGUUCAUUUGUUUUCUCUUUGCUUAGACAAGACGAAUAUCAUCGGACAGAUUUACAUGAGUGUUCUGUUAGGCACUGUGGCGACCCCAGUUUGUGGCUUUAUGCCCAAAAAAAAUAGCACUGGACAGUUUGUAAUCCUUCACUCUAGUGGUGUGAGAUACAGAUCAUACGUAUCACGUAGCCAAAGAGAGAAGCUUCGAUAGUGACUGUAAGUAGGAAAUAAUCUGCAUUAAAAACAUACUGCAAGGACAAGAAAUAUCCUCUGAACAGUCGACACUAGAAGAUUUACAAUAAAAAUGAUUUGUUAAUAAACAUGUAAAAAGUC